AUGCCUGACAGCAUCGCCCUUACACCUCUCAUCGUCUCAUACACCGUGGAAAUUCUACCUCUCCCCCUCCGCGCCAAAGGAUUUACCGUUUUCAUUUCCGCUAAAUCCUUGUCGCUGAUCUUCAACCAAUACGUCAACCCAGUGGCGCUCCAUGCUAUUCAAUGGAAGUACUAUGUUGUGUACUGUUGCUGGCUCCUCUUUGAGGUCGCAUUCCUUUACUUCUUCAUUAUCGAGACAAAGGACCGCACCCUUGAAGAAACUGCAGCCCUUUUCAACGGCGAAGGAGCUGCCCAGCACCUACACGGUUCCGCUGUUGCCGACCUUAUCCUGAGUACCGAGAAAGACAAGAAGUCUUCCAGUUCGCUUCACGAGCAUGCCGACAUCCAUACUCCUCAUUACUGA